UUCAGGUGCAGCAAAACGAUCAUUUCAACAUGUUGGAGAAAGCAGGCAUCCAGUUUUUGGAGAUCCAGAAUGUUCAGCUGGCUGACGCUGGAAUUUACACUUGCACUGUGAUGAAUAGUGCUGGGAAGGCUUCUGUGUCUGCAGAGCUCAUGGUUCAAGGUUCUGAUAAGAGAGAGGUGUGCCCUCAUCCACUGUGUACUUCAACAAAAUCAGCUGUUACAACCAAAGCUAUUGAAACAUCACCAUUCCGGAAGGCCACUAGCAAUGGGAUUGCCAAAGACCUCAAAUCCACUACCACAGAACUUGUACUUGAGCCCAAAGAUAGGGCAACUGUGAAAAAAGAGACCUCCCUAAUUUCAUCCAAAGAAACCAAACGAAGUAGUUUAGAGCAGACAAAGGAACCCAAUGUAGAGCCACCAAAGGAAGAAAAGAGGGGCUAUCAGGUUCUGCAGAAAACAUCAAGUACCAUAACCCUGCAAGCUAUAAAAGUAUCAACAGGGCCAAAGGCAGGACCAAACAUGACUUCCUUGAGAUGGGGAGAAGAUGGCAAAGGACCAAAGCAACCCAUUACAACAGGAUGGCAAGCUCCUUCUACUGUCAGACUAGGUGGUUCAAGGACUAAGGAACUGGAAGACCAUGUAGAAUUAAAGAAAAGUACAGCACAAGUUAAGAAGGAGCCUCAGGGAAUCCCUCCCCAGUUUGAGAGUCGCCCAGAAAGCCAAGAAAUACUAGAAGGAGAAGAAGUUACAUUCAAAUGCAAAGUUUCAGGGAAGCCCAAGGCGAACGUGGAAUGGUUCAAAGAGGGGACCCAAGUGGACGCAGGCGAUAGAGUUCAUAUAUAUGAAGAAGAUGGAAUCCAUUGUUUGUGCCUGAAAAAAACUGUCUUGGAAAACAGUGGGUCUUACUGUUGCACAGCUUCAAAUAUUAGAGGCCAGGCUUCAACCAGGUGGAUGUUAACUGUAAGGCGGCCUAAAGUGAAGGAAGUUGCUCCCCACUUUUCCAGUGAAUUGAAAUCGUGCAGUGUUGGUGAAGGGCAGGAUUUUGUGCUUCAGUGCUCAGUUGAAGGGACACCUGUGCCUCAGAUUACUUGGCUCCUCAAAGACCAACCAAUUCAGUAUGCCCAUUCUGUCUUUGAAGAUGGGAUUGCAAAACUGACUAUUCAAGAUGCCUUACCAGAAGAUGAUGGUGUUUACACUUGUCUGGCUGAAAAUAGUGCUGGAAUGGCAUCUUGCAGUGCUCAAGUUACUGUCAAAGAAAAGAAGAGCAGAAAGAAAUUGGAAAGCACACUUCCAUCUCCAGCCAGCAAAACCUUCCCUCCCAUUUUCCUUAAAGGCCUGACUGAUCUCAAGGUGAUGGAUGGUAGCCAAGUGAUUAUGACAGUAGAAGUUUCAGCUAACCCGCCUCCUGAAAUAAUUUGGCUACACAAUGGGAAAGAAAUCCAGGAAACUGAGGACUUUCACUUUGAGAAGAAAGGCAAUGAAUAUAGCCUGUAUAUACAAGAGGUUUUCCCUGAAGAUACGGGAAAGUAUACCUGUGAGGCCUGGAAUGACUUAGGAGAAGCUCAGACCCAAGCAACACUGACUGUACAAGAACCUCAGGAUGGCAUUCAGCCGUGGUUCAUUAGCAAGCCAAGAUCAGUGACAGCAGUUGUUGGGCAGAACAUUCUUAUUUCUUGUGCCGUUGCUGGAGAUCCUUUUCCUACAGUUCACUGGUUCAGGGAGGGGCAGGAAGUGACCCCAGGAGUAGGCUGGGAAUUUCUGCAGAAUGAAGACAUCUUCACUUUGAUUAUAAGGAAUGUGCAGCCCCAUCAUGCUGGGCAGUAUGAAAUACAACUCAAGAACCCAGUUGGAGAAUGCAGCUGUCAGGUAUCUUUGAUGCUGAGAGAAACUGCCGUUGCCAGCGGAGAAAUAUUCAGAGAUGGAAGGCAGACAGAACGAAGAGAUGCUAAUGAUCAUGAUACACUAACAUCCAGGAGCAUUGGUAGCUUCAGAAGAAGUACUGGUGAAGCCCAGCAAGUUGAGGAGGAGCAGGAGGACGUCCGAGGGGUUCUCAAAAGGCGAGUGGAAACUCGAGAAAGCACAGAGGAAAAACUGAGGCAACAGGAGGCCGAACAGAUUGACUUCCGUGACAUUUUGGCAAAGAAAGUCAGCACCAAAAGCUUUUCUGAGGAGGAGCUGAAGGAAAUUCCAGCUGAACAAAUGGACUUCCGUGCUAACCUGCAGCGGCAGGUCAAACCCAAGACCUUGUCGGAAGAGGACAGGAAAGUCCAUAGUCCUCAGCAGGUGGACUUCCGUGCAGUGUUGGCUAAGAAGGGCACACCCAAACCACCUGUUUCAGAAAAGGCACCAGCCUCUAAGCCAGCCACCCCUGAUUUUAGAUCUGUGCUUGGUGCAAAGAAAAAGGCACCAACUGAAAAUGGUGGUCCCAGUGCUCAAGGCCAGAUUACCAAUUCCAACUUGGAAGUCGAGAAACCGAGCACCAAACCCAAAGUACCAGAUUCCAGUGCCAAUGCUAAGGUACCUCCAGUGUCCAAGGCACCGGAUAACAAUACCACAACGACCAGAACACCACAUUCGAGCACAACUUCAGAAACCAAGAAUGUCAGCUCAAAAUCUAAAACGCAGCAUGUUGGCACCAACUCUGAUGCCCAGACUGCCAAUACCAGUUCUGAAGGACUGAAUUCCAAAUUGGUGGAGAAGGAGGAUCAGAAUGAUAUCAACUGUGAAGAUUGCCCAAUAGUAGAUGGAGGGAUAAUUGAAGAAAAGGUAGAGGAUAACAAAGCAGAGUCCAAGAGAACAGCACCAUCUUUUACAGAAAAGCUGCAGGAUAUCCGUGUAACAGAGGGUGAGAAAUUAUUCUUGCAGUGUCGGGUUUCCUCAGAUCCACUCGCUGCUGUCACCUGGACUCUGGAUGGGAAAGUCAUCAAAUCAUCAAAGUUUAUUGUCCUCUCCCAAGAAGGAUCGUUGUGUUCCCUAACUAUUGACAAGGUCUUUCCUGAAGAUGAGGGUCAAUACAAGUGCAUAGCUGAGAAUACUGCAGGAAAAGCAGAAUGUGUUUGCAGUGUAUUGGUGGAAGAGUCCAUAAAGCCAACUGAAAAGAAGAGCAAAAAGCCAAAGAGUUCCAUACCUUCUGUGCUUUCAACAGAGAGUGAGGCAACUGUAAAGAAGAAACCAGCACCAAAGACCCCACCUAAAGCAGCUCUUCCCCCUCAGAUUGUUCAGUUCCCAGAAGACCAAAAAGUUCGGGCUGGAGAAUCAGUGGAACUAUUAUGCAAAGUUACAGGAAGUGCACCCUUGACAUGUACCUGGAUGAAAUUCCGGAAGCAGAUCCAAGAGAAUGAACACAUCAAAAUUGAGAAUGCUGAGAACAGUAGUAAACUAACUAUUUCCUCCACGAAGCAGGAACAUUGUGGAUGUUACACAUUGGUGGUGGAAAACAAACAGGGCAGCAGACAAGCCCAGGUUAACCUAACAAUUGUAGAUAAACCUGAUCCCCCAGCAGGAAGGCCUUGUGCAUCAGAUAUUAGGAGUUCUUCACUCACUAUCUCCUGGUACGGCUCUUCUUAUGAUGGUGGAAGUGCAGUGCAGUCUUAUACUGUGGAAAUCUGGAACACAGCGGACAACAAAUGGACAGACCUUACAACAUGCCGUAGUACUUCUUUCAAUGUCCAGGACCUGCUCUCUGAUAGGGAAUACAAAUUCCGGGUGCGAGCUGCUAACGUCUAUGGGAUAAGUGAGCCAAGCCAAGAAUCGGAGCUGGUGAAAGUAGGAGAGAAGCAAGAAGGCCCUAAAGAAGAGGAGGAGGAAGAAGUUGAAGGGUCUGAUGAUGAAGAAAAAGAAACUGAAAUUGACUAUCGGACUGUGACGAUUAAUACAGAACAAAAAGUUUCAGAGUUCUAUGAUGUUGAAGAAAGAUUGGGAUCUGGGAAAUUCGGACAAGUCUUCAGGCUUGUUGAGAAGAAAACCAGAAAAGUGUGGGCAGGAAAAUUUUUUAAAGCAUAUUCAGCUAAGGAUAAAGAAAACAUAAGGCAAGAGAUCAGCAUUAUGAACUGUCUGCAUCAUCCCAAACUUGUCCAGUGUAUAGAUGCUUUUGAAGAAAAAGCUAACAUUGUCAUGGUCUUGGAACUUGUUUCUGGUGGGGAACUGUUUGAGAGAAUCAUAGAUGAGGACUUUGAACUAACAGAAAGAGAAUGUAUUAAGUACAUGAAGCAGAUCUCAGAAGGCGUACAGUACAUUCAUAAGCAGGAAAUUGUACAUUUGGAUUUGAAGCCAGAAAACAUUAUGUGCGUCAACAAGACUGGUACAAAAAUCAAGCUGAUUGACUUUGGACUUGCACGAAGAUUAGAAAGUGCAGGUUCUCUGAAAGUCCUCUUUGGGACACCAGAAUUUGUGGCUCCAGAAGUUAUAAACUAUGAACCUAUUGGAUAUGCAACAGACAUGUGGAGCAUAGGAGUCAUCUGCUAUAUUUUGGUCAGUGGACUCUCUCCUUUUAUGGGUGACAACGACAAUGAAACCUUAGCCAAUGUUACUUCUGCCACUUGGGAUUUUGAUGAUGAAGCUUUUGAUGAAAUCUCAGAAGAUGCCAAGGACUUCAUCAGCAACCUUCUAAAGAAAGACAUGAAGGACCGCUUAGAUUGUACACAAUGCCUUCAGCAUCCUUGGCUGCAAAAAGAUACCAAACACAUGGAAGCUAAAAAAUUGUCCAAAGAUAGGAUGAAAAAGUACAUGGCUAGAAGAAAAUGGCAGAAAACAGGCAAUGCAGUCCGUGCCAUAGGAAGACUGUCCUCUAUGGCAAUGAUUUCUGGCCUAAGCGGAAGGAAGUCCUCUUCAAGCUCACCAACCAGUCCCGUUAAUGCAGAAAAGAUAGAAGCUGAAGAUGAAGCUGCUAACACUCUCCUGGAAGCAGUUGAUGAAGAAAGGCCCCAUAUGAAGCCAUAUUUCUCUAAAACAAUUCAGGAUAUAGAAGUUGUAGAAGGCAGUGCUGCUAGGUUUGACUGCAAAAUUGAAGGCUAUCCUGACCCUGAGGUGAUUUGGUACAAAGAUGACCAAUCUAUCAAAGAGUCCCGGCACUUCCAGAUAGACUAUGAUGAAGAUGGAAACUGCUCUUUAACUAUUUCAGAAGUUUGUGGGGAUGAUGAUGCCAAAUACACCUGCAAGGCAGUCAACAGCCUUGGGGAAGUCACCUGUACUGCAGAGCUCCUUGUAGAAACAAUGGGGAAGGAAGGGGAAGAAGAGGAGGAAGAGGAAGAAGAAUAAAAGAAAAUUGAAUGGGACAUUUGAAAAAUCACCUGGUAAAAGACUUUCUCCAAGGCUCACACAGUGUGGCAUUAGGUCAUGGGUUUUUGGUUUGUCUUCCAUCAGCACAAUCAGCUGAUACCUGUUUGUUUUUAUUUAUGGGCAUUAACUUGAAUUAGCAAGCACUUUAGGUGGCUGUUGUGCUUGGAUUUAGUUUAAGUUAAAGCAUCAAUUGCAUAGCCCAAACUAUGAGCAUGAACACACCAUAUGGAAACCUAAUAUACAAUUUUAACCUGUCAACAACAACUUUACAGAGCUCACUGAUCAGGUGAGAUGGAAUGAACAGCUGUACUAAUUGUUCCAUUAACCAAUAUAAGCAUGAAGAACUUGCAGCACCUGCAGUCCUCCUAAAACACCUGCUUAUUAUGCAAGUCUCAUUGACAUUUGGUGAAAUCAGUGGAGAUAGUAUGAAUGCAAGAGUUUGAGAACACGGGGCACAGUCCAUCAGAAAGUUCUCCAGUAAAGGUCCCACUGGCAAGAACAUGAGUUGCCAUGAGCACCUUAGCUGCUUUGCACAAAAACCUCCUGGCCAAUUGUGUCUUUGGAAUCGUAUUUGUUGAGCAGCAAGUACCUUAUCUUGUUAUACCAUCCAAUAGCAUGUUCAUGAUAGAUUUUCAAGUGAAUACUUUUCCUCCAUCUGCUUGCCAUUUUCAUAUUUACCACAUUCUUUUUCUUAGUUUUCCCUGUGAACAUUAUGACUUGUAGAUUUAAACCGGAGUACCUAGGUUUAAGCUAAUAUGGUUAUCAUUGGACUAAAAGUGAAGAAUUUGACUUAAAACUAAGUAUUCCAUCUUGACUAAUUUGAGGCUCAUAAUCUAAAAGUAGUUGCUUUUUUCUCUUAGCUCGGCAGUGAAUUUUCCCUUCUGCUCUUUCAUCAAUUGAGUCUUAUAAGGUUUUUUUACUCAUAUUCAUUUUUGCCUGUGGAAGCAAUAGGGAAAAACCUUUCUGUUACUUAGCGCACACAUAAUUUUGCAAACUACUGAAAAUCUGAAAUGUACACCAUUUUGGAUGUGACAGUCUGAAUCCUGGGCACGUUGGUGGUCUCUCACAUCCUGACUGCCUCAUCGCUGGCUUUCACUCCUCUCAGCUACUGCAGACAGAAAUGGCCAUGAAAUUCUUCCUUAAUCUGCCAUGCCUGAUUACUGAUUCUUCUUCCUUCCUGGGAAACAAAGCUUGAAUGUGGAAAGUAAGCUUUGUAACUUUGCUUGUCAGAAUAAAAGGGGAUCAUUUCAAAUAUGUUUCUGUUUCACAACAUACUGUUAUGCCUCAUUGAUGGUUGUGUGCCUGUGAGCUACAGCUCAGGUUUAAAACCUAAUUAUUUGGCUAUUACAUAUAUUUAUCUCAGCUGAUGAUUAGCUGGAAACUGGAAUAGCCAAGAAAAGGGAGCAUAUAUUAGGAGUUCUGCAUUUUCCAAGGAGCCAGUGUUUAAUGCCUUUAAAGAAAUUUUUAAAGCAUAAUCAGUGGUGAAAGUUAAACUCUUCCCAACACUGAUUAACACAUUCAGAUUUAUGAAUUGCUUUUGUUUCACAAUUAGCAGCAGUUCAGAGGCCGUAAAACAUUAUGCAUAGUCAAAUGACAGUAUACUAUCUCUGCAUUGUUUCAGUUGUGUGGCUUUUUCCACUUUGUGUGUAAACUACAAAAAUUUUGAUUUUAAUGUUUGACCUUUUUGAAGAACGCACACAACAAAGCUUUAGCUCCUCACGAGGGGAAAUAUAAGUGUACUUUAAUACAGAUUUAUACAGUAUCAUCUUUAGAUUGGUUUAUGUUUCAUAAUCUUAUGUGUUCUAUAUUCUAUAUUAUUUGCUCAUCUGCCUGUUUGAAAAGAGAAAUUCAAAAGUCAAUGUAUGAGGCUUGCUCACAAUUGCUGUGGGAUUUUAUAACUGCUUUUGCUGUUUCUUGCUAGAUUGAGGUUACCAGCAUAUCUUCUCCUUCCUAAGCAGAUAAUGAACUUUUGUUAAAGUAAAACACAACUAAGUGGCCACAGAUUCUGAUAAGAAAAUGUUUUAGUAUGAUUUAGUGCAUACAGAGCAUUUUCAUGCAUGUUUUAAAUGUGUUAAGAAAAUGAUGGGGUGUAUUUUUUUGUAUACCUUAAUUAAAAAUAUUCUGGUUUCUUGAACCAUAAGAAUUACAAGAUACGAGAACACUACAGCUGUAGUUACUCACAAUUUCUCAAUAAAAAAAAUACCACAAAGCAUGGUAA